GUUUACAUCAGUUUUUGAUGAACUCGAUAUCGUCAUCUGUGUGCGAUGACGCCAUAUUGGAUUGGCGGCUGUCAUGUCACAUUUUUGGACACAAAAUCCGCGUCGUGCUCACUUUCGUUAAAAAAACAUAAAUUUCAACGAUGAAAUUGAAAUGUGAAUAGUUUUCUACAUUCUACAAUAUCAGCUUCAAAAGCUCCAAGUGAUAAUCAGUGGAACUCAAACCGCUAGCACCCCAAAAUGACGGCCGUACAAAGUGCAACCAAAACUGCUACCACAACCGCCACGGUGCCUCCGAAACCCCAAAAGAACUAUGGGAAGAUUGUUCUGACGCUCUACAACUGCUUACUGCCUGAGGCUGUCUUCAAAGAAACCCCAUCCCAAGCCGAUGGACUAGACAUUGAAACAGAAACUGACCUCAGGAUCCUCGGCUGCGAACUCAUCCAGACGGCAGGCAUUCUCCUCAAGCUGCCUCAAGUAGCGAUGGCCACCGGCCAGAUAUACCUCCAACGGUUCUACUACGCCAAGUCCUUCGUCAGAUACCCUAUGGAAACCAUGGCGAUGGGCAGCAUCUACUUAGCAUCUAAGGUGGAGGAGAAGCCAUGCAGAAUACGAGAUGUCAUCAACGUGUUCCAUCACAUCAAGCAAGUACGUCUGCAGAAGAAUAUCUCCCCACUUAUUGUAGACCAGAACUACAUUGAACUCAAGAACCAAGUCAUUAAAGCAGAAAGGAGAAUAUUGAAGGAGCUCGGCUUCUGUGUUCAUGUGAAGCAUCCACACAAACUGAUUGUGGUGUACCUGCAACUGUUGACGUACGAAAAGAACAGACAACUAAUGCAGAUGGCAUGGAAUUACAUGAAUGAUGCGUUACGCACCGACGUCUUCAUGCGGUUCCCACCUGAAACUAUUGCUUGUGCUUGCAUCUACUUGACUGCGAGAAAAAUUGGCUUACCACUUCCAAACAACCCUCACUGGUUUGCACUGUUCAAAGUGCCAGAAGAAGACAUAAGAGAAGUGUCAAUAAGGAUCUUGCAGUUGUACCAACGAGCGAAAGUCAACCCUGAGGAGCUUGAAAAGAGGAUUGAAAGUCUGAAGAAGAUUUACCAAGCCAACAAGCACAUGCAAGCUCAGAAGGAGAGGGAGGCUCGAGCUAAUGAGGAGAAGAAAGCAGAAUCUCCAACUGCAUCUACCUCUAAAGAUGUUAAACGAGACAGUAAGAAAGAUAAGUCACCAAAAACCCCACCUUUGUCUUCUAAAUACCACAGUUCACACAAAGCCAAGAGGGACAGGCGAUCCCGAUCUCCGUAUGACCGUAAACGGGAGUACUCAAGUAAGCGCCACAAGUCUAGGUCCCGUGAAAGAGACACAGAUAGAUCAAGAGAGAGAAGGACAGAAGAUAAACGUAACAGAGGCUCUUCUUCCAGAAAGUAUGAUGAUUAUGAUAGUAGGUCAAAGUCAAGGGACAACCGUGAUGAUAAGAGAAAAUAUUAGUUUUGUAAGUCUAGUGUUUAAGAGUGACUUUAAAUAAAAGGAUUAUUCUUA